ACCAGAUUCUGGGCUCAAGGUGUAAAAAGGAGGAAUCUAUGCUAAAAAUCUUGCACCAGUUUGUGUUUUCAAUCCUGUUGUUGUUAAGGCCAACGACAAUCAAUGUUUACUGCUUACUGUAAACAAAUGAAUCCAUUAAUCAAUCAGUCUCUUAAAUAAGUAUUGUCUGUGUAAUCCGCGCUGUAGUUUAUUUCCAGUCAAGCCCACAUGUGCCAUCCUGCAGCCAGAAAGACUCACCAACAAAUGCACCAUUUGAGACAUGUUAGGAAAUGACUGAGCCCUCAAGCUGAGCUUUGUGUUUGCGAGCUUUACGCAAAGAUUUAUGUUCACCACUGGGCUGAGGCUGAGUGCUGCAGAGGAUCAGACAGCAAUGAGAGAGCAUUGAGAGAGGGACUUUCUUUUAUUUCAUUGGAUUUGCUGUCCGUAAUGUAAUAUGCUUCAAUCUAGCUUCGGAGUAAAUCUAAUCUCUUGGUAAAUUUAUUGUCGAGGAUGUUGGAGAAUUACUGAGCUUAACUUCAGACCGUAUGGAGAGGAUAAGGCUGUUUUUUGUUGUUGUUGUUGUUUUUACUAACACCUUUACUAGAUUUAUCCUACACAUUAGGGCAUUUUGUUGAGAAAAUACACGAUAAUAUAUAUUUAUCAACUACUGCUGAAAUGAGAAACUCAGUUAAAAUAAAUAAUGAAUAUAUAACAAAUGAAAGACGGAGAUGGAGUAUAGACCUUUCUCAUGAGAUUUUGACUUGUCACAAUAGGAAAACCACGGGUGGAAUUAAUUAUGACUCAGCUCCAGUACAUCAUGACAAAAUCCAGCAUGCACAAAAGCAGGACCUCCUCUAAGUGGAAUGCAGCCAUCAUUAAUACUCCUGUGCAGUCCCUAUGGUGAAAAGUCUGCCAUGAGAAAAAACUCAACCGUGUUUAGGAAGAUUUUAUUAUUUAUUUUUAUGUACAGCAGAUCCAAUAGGGAUGUAGAAGCACUACAGAUAUGAUUUUUAAAUUUUUUUUAUUUUUUUUAAAUUAACAUUUCUCUCAUGGAUUUUCCACGGAACCACCCCUCACAACACAGCCUUCAUGUUACUCCGAGGAAACAUCUGGCCUUUUGUGCCUUCUGAGCUGACAACAGUUCGAUCAAACACACUGGCUCAGUUCAGCAGGAACAAGAGUCUAGUCAACGUGCAGCAUUCAUAUCAAGAACACCAAGCAAAUGAUCUGUGCUGAAAGCCCGAGCAGGAAGUAAACGCGCAAAAAAAGAGAGUUGGACCUAUAAUGGCAUGAGAGAAAGAUACAUAUAUGUCAUAUAUUUUAGUAUUUUAUAGAUGGAUGGUGUUAUUUUGUGUAAGCGUGUGUGUUUCUUUACAAAUGCAAAUAACUACUCUCCAUAUGUGGGGGAAAAAAAAGGUAUUUAAGAAUAGCAUCAUCCAGUGUUGACAGCGGGGAACUACAUCUGCUCAGUCACAUUGACGCUGGAAAGAAAUGAUUAUUUUCUUUGAAUGAACAAAUAAAUGCUCAUAAUAAAGGUUGAUAUGAAUGCAUCUUCAUAAAUGGGUUUCUGUACAUUAUUUGGCUGUCAUGGGCACUUACUAAUUAUUGGUUACUGUCGACAGGGUCAAACGCGAGCAAGAAACAAGACAUGAUGCAGCAAGAUUGAAGACUCGUUUGUUUAAAUGAGCAAUUAGCUCAUUUGAUUAUUAGUUAAAUGAAUUACUAUAGGAGCAUUUAAGCUUUAGGGAGAAUAUUUGCUGAAAAUGAUAAAGGAUUUGAUGAUGCAUUAAAAAGGCCUACUGUUAUAUCAGUAAUGGACGUUGUUCGGAAAAGCAGUAACCAAACCAAACUUUGAAAACAAGCUGUAGAAUGGAGGAAACUGGUGUUAUUAAUGAGAUUUCGACAUGUCAAAUGUCAGCAGUCCUUACUUCCUCCCACCUCCCUCUCACCCGAUGACAGCUGGGGUAGGCUCCUAGUGAGGAUAAGCAGUAGUAGAAGAUGAGAUGAGAUAUAAGUAACAUCUAGUAAAAUUACACAAUGGAAAAAAAAAUGCAUAAAAGUGCAAAAAAAAAAAAUGGACAGAAUUAGCAAAUGAACAAAUAUAUCAUUCAAGCAGAAGAUGCUGCGCAAGAAACAGGUUUUAACCUCCACACCUUGCUCAUCCUGGACAAACUGGAAAAAGGAAGCUGAUUUUACUAAAUGAUAUUGAAGGCGUAAAACAUACCAGUAAAACCAACAUCGCAAACAUGCAGCAGGUGGCAGCAAUGCGCCAAAUAAUGCAACGUUCGGCCGGUGUGGCCCACGAAGAAGAAGAUAACGCGCAAAGAAGAAAAUAAACCAGCUCCAGAGCAGUUUACAGAGAGUAAAGUGAGAUUUCUGUAUGUUGACGCUAUGAUAGACUGUGAUUAGACUGUUAAGCUGCAAAAUGUUCAGCCUGGAGACGUUUGAGAGUCAGAUAGGUGCCGUCAUGGAUACUCUGGUGGAAGCGGCGGUCCUGGAGCUCGGCAGACUUCUGAACGAGUGCUCGGCUACGGACAAGGCCGCUCAGCACCGCUCUGCUGCGGCUGAAGCGGAGGAGAGCGGGGCUACUUCACUGGAGGACAAACAGCAGCAGUUUAAUAAAGUUUUAACGAACCAGUUUGUGUCCCACAUGAAAGCUUGGGGCAAAGAUGCAGUGGAGAAAAUCUCCCUGAUGUUGAAAGUGUCCCUGUGCGGGGCUGAAGAUGUUUCUGCUGCAGAGCAAAAGUCUGGGCUGCAUGACAGGACAAAACUGACGAGCAAGAGAGUGAAAGCAAUAAAUGUGGCCGGGACCAAAAAAAAAGGAGCCAGACGUUCUUGCCGUGAGAGGAUGGAUAUCCAGGGAGGAGUCAAAUCAGUAAGAAGGCAGAUGAAUGAUUGCAAAGAGGAGCAGCAGACUGAACAACCAACAGCAGCUGACUCAGAAUCAGUGACAAAACCAGGUGAUACAGCCUCACGUGAGGAGAGUAACUCUGGACUCUGUUCAGAACCUAAAGCCGCGUUAACAGCUCCUGAGCCAGUCCCGGAUGUCAGCAAGGAAGCUGUCCAAGAGGACGCAGACUGUCACAUCGUCUCAUCGAAGAAGACUGCUAGGGCUUUCAAGUGUCCCUCUUGUGAAAAAACAUUUGCUCAGAAGUGCUUGAUGGACAGACACUACCUGACUCACUCCAAACCUCACAUUUGCUCCGAGUGUGGCAAAGGUUUCGCUGCACGUUGGGGACUCAUGGCACAUUCAAGGCGACACACCGGAGAGAAGCUUUACAAAUGCUGCGAGUGUGGAACGGAGUUCGCUUACAAGUCCACCUUCCGCAGGCACAUGCGUCACCACAGCCUGAAGAAGCCAGUCACCCACACGUGCAUGCUGUGUGAGAGUCAGUUUACAGGGACACUGGCGCUUCAGAGGCACAGGUGCCCUGCGCUAAGGAAGACGUUCGUUUGCUCACUUUGCCCAGAGACUUUUGAGUGCAGGCAGAGCUUGGCUGAUCACGAGAACCGCCAUUCGGGAGACAGAGAUUUCGUGUGCGAGGUGUGCGGCGAGACGUUCUUGUCGUCCGCGUCCCUGGCCACUCACCGGGUCACGCACAUGCAAAAGGAAAACUGCUGCGACAUGCUCGGCCUCGGCUGCAGCGUCAUGAGCGUCCUCAAGAUUCACCUGAGCAAACACACCGGGGAGAAGCUCUUCACCUGCGAGGUCUGCGGCAAGGGCUGCAGUCACCGGAGCGCUCUGAAGCACCACAUGCUGACGCACACGGGGGAGAGGUCCUACAUCUGCGAGACGUGCGGCAAGCGCUGCGGCCACGCCAGCGCGCUGCAGAACCACAUGAGGAUCCACACCGGGAAGAAAGCGGGAGAGCAGCCGUGCUGCGAGCAGUGCGGCAAAACGUUCAGCUGCAUGGUCAACCUCAAGUACCACAUGAGCACCCACACGGGGGAGAAGCCGUACGCCUGCGAUCAGUGCGAUAAAAAGUUCAGGAACCCCAGCAAUCUGAAGUUGCACAUGGCCGUCCACUCGGGGGAGAAGAUGUACGGCUGCAACAUCUGCGGCAGAAGGUUCACUCAGUCCAGCAGCCUGAAGCUGCACAGGCUGAUCCACACGGGAGAGAGGCCGUAUCGCUGCGAUGUGUGCGGGAAAGAAUUCAUAUACAGCAGCGUCUUUAAGAAGCAUCAGAGAGAUCACGUGGCAGAGGAGGCGGGAGACGGACAGUCAGAAAAUACUGCAGUGACAGUCUGAAAUGUUCAACAGCUGUAUCCUGUCCUAGGUAUCGAUAGCAAUGACUUAUGUAUACACAUCUGAAAUACUCGGGGGGCCUUUUUCGAGGCCAAGAGCUGCUGAAACAAGUUCCACUCUUUCUCGACGUUGAGGAUUUGAUGCUGUUAGUUAGUGGCUCACAGCGAGUGUCAAACGUGCUGAAUAUGGUUGAAGUUAAGGAGCGUCUUCCUCCAUCUACUGCCAUCAGGUUGGAGUCCUCGCAAGCUGUGACAUUAAGCCAGCGUAAUUCAGAGAUUUUGAAAAUUCCUACAGAAUAUUAAUAAAACCAACCUAUUUGUUUUAACUUUGA